AUGAGGGCCGCGCUAGUAGGGUACAGCAGCUCGGAGGAGGAGGAAGAGGACGAGGAGCACCGGAGCGGCGGCGCGCAGUGUCCCCCCGAGGCCAGCGGCGGCCGCCCUCGCCUGCCCGUCCCCGCCGGGCUGCCGGGCGAUCCGGGACCGGAGGAGAUGGUCAGCGACGACAGCUCUCGGCACGGUGGCCGCGUCCGCAGCUUCCCCCACGAGCGGGGCAACUGGGCCACGCACGUGUACCUGCCCUACAGGGCCCGGGAGGAAUUCCUGGAGCUGCUGGAGCUGCUGGUCUCCCACGCUCGCACCCACGUCUCCUCGCUGGCUGCCAUGGAGGAGUUCCACCUCAGCCUCUCGCAGUGCGUGGUGCUGCGCUACCACUGGAUAGACCCUUUCGUCCGCCGCCUCAAGGAGCGCCUGGCUGCCUUCCACAGGUUUUUCUGUGUGGCUGACCAAGUGAAGGUUUACACCAAUGAAAACAAAACCAG